ACGCGCUUCCGAGGAGAGUUUGGCGCUCCGGAUCGCGCAUCUGUCCGUGCAGAGUGAGAAUGGGGGAUCCGUUUUCCCCCUCCAGCUCUCCCGCCCACCCUCACGUGCGCUGAGCGGACUCUCCUUUUUCUCUCGGUCCCUGCGCGUGCUGCGGACAUGCUGCGCGCCAACGCUCUCUCCCUGGCACUCGCGGACCCCGCGCGCCCCCGCUGACACUGGGAGUUUGCCGCUCGCCUCCAGCACUCACACCGGACGAAAAGGUUGGAGGAGAAGGUUGGAGAAGAAGCGAGUGGAGAUCGCGCGCCAUGGGCUCGCGCCUCGGCCGCUCGGGAUACGGGAUACAGUAACGGAAGACGACUGGAGCGACGAGAACUGCGGACGGUGAACGGAGACGGCGCGAGAGCGACGGAGGAGCGCGCGCCGGCGAAGAUGCGCGCGGACCACGGCUUCAUUAUGCUGCUCCUCAACGGGACGGCGUGCCUGUUUGCUCUGGGACAGGAAGAUCCCCACUCCUCCUCUUCCUCUUCUUCUUUGAGUGCAAAGUCUUCAUCCCCUGCAGAUCCCCCCAAGACUCUGGGUGUGCUGGGUGGUCAGGGGUCCCUCUCGCCCCUUAGUCGCUGGGUGCUUCACAGCCGGGGACGGGCAGCCAAUGCAUCAGCACUGGAGCUGCCCUACCGCUCACCAGUACCCUUCUCCAAACAGGAGUUCUGGGAAAUGCUGGGUAGUGACCUGCUCAAGCAAGACCCAAACGUUGAUGCCGAUCCCUUGGGAAACUCCCGGGUCAAGCGCCGACCCAUCGUCAAGACGGGCAAAUUCAAGAAGAUGUUCGGCUGGGGCGACUUCUACUCCAACAUCAAGACGGUGCGCCUCAACCUGCUCAUCACAGGCAAGAUUGUGGACCACGGCAAUGGGACAUUCAGUGUCUACUUCCGUCACAACUCCACGGGCCAGGGCAACAUCUCUGUCAGCCUGGUGCCUCCUGUGAAGGCGGUGGAGUUUGACCUGGAGCGCCAGAGUGUGGUCUACCCCAAGGACUCUAAGAUUUUCAACUGCCGGGUGGACUACGAAAAGGUGGACCGCAGCAAACGCACUUCGCUGUGCAACUAUGACCCAUCCAAGACCUGCUUCCAGGAGCAGACGCAGAGCCAUGUCUCCUGGAUCUGCUCCAAGCCCUUCAAGGUCAUCUGCAUCUACAUCUCCUUCUACAGCACGGACUACCGGCUGGUGCAGAAAGUGUGCCCGGACUACAACUACCACAAUGAGAUGCCCUACCUGCCUUCUGGAUAGAGGAGGAAGGGGCCGGGACAGAGGGGAAAGAAGAGGACAGAAUCUGUGAGGACAAAGUACAACCAGGGAUGGAGGGAUGAGGAGCAGGAAGUCAUCAGGAUGGAAAGGAUGGGUUGGGGUUAUAGAUGUAGGUGUUGGUCUGUUUACAAUAUCAGAGGGGAGCAUAUUCUAAAAGGGUAACAAAGUUCUCCUCAGAAUGUAAAGACUGAACAGUUCCCUGCCCAACAUUGCAAGGAAUCUUAUACCACUGACCUCUUUGGAAAAGGAUCCCUUUGCAAACUGAGCAUUUUUCCAUGGAUUGUGUUUGAUCAUCUGUAAUAUUCCCAAGGUGAAUGUAAGGCAUUUUGCUCCUGUGAUAAAUGUCUUGAAGAACCUCUCUGAAAAACCUGACAAAUGUGACCUGCAAAAAUCUAUAUAUGCAAAUCGAGCUGUCUAGCACAGGUUCGCAGGCGAGAAUAGAUACUAACAUGAGGCUGUGGUCACUGGCAACUCCCACCAGAAAGCUUUUAAGUACCAUUGACCCUACAGCAGGGCGAGGUGACAUGCACAUGCUUGAGGUCAAAAAAAAAAAAAAAA